AUGGUUGAGAGGCAUUCUUGUUUAAACUGUCUAAUUUUGAUGGAUCUUUACAUAAAUAGCCAGUCGUGUUCAUUGUUUACUUUCCGGCAAAAUCCUCUUGUAUUAGUCCAUGAUCAACAACCGUUGGAAGUUCCUACAUUGCCUCAUUCUGGUGUUUCUGUACCGACAUCAUCUCCUCCAUCAUCAGCUAAUGUGACACAAACCUCUGAUCUUAGAGGUGGAAGCAAUUUAACAUUCAAUGAACCCUUUUUGGUCAAUUAUCAAACUGGUGGACAUUGUGCCUCAGGUAUGAAGCUUGAAGUCAACACACUUGCCACAGUUCCUCCACCAACAUCAGCCCCUGCUAAAUCCCCUGCUUCAUCACCAUCUCCUAAAUCUUCGGCGCCAACGCCAAAAAUUGCACCUAAAAUCUCUCCUGUUUCAUCACCAAAAAAUGCACCUAAAAUCUCGCCUGCAACUUCCCCUGGUGCUAGUAGUCCGUCUCCGAUAACUGUUGAGGCUCCGACAGUGCCUCCUAAUGAUGAUUCUGUACCAACAUCAUCUCCACCGGCGCCAUCUCAACCUUCAUCUGCUGAUAAAAUUAGUGUCGUUGCUAGUUCCACCGUGGGAUUUGGUGUUGUUGUUAUGAUGUUGUUCUUUACCCAGUCGUGUUCAUUGUUUACUUUCCGGCAAAAUCCUCUUGUAUUAGUCCAUGAUCAACAACCGUUGGAAGUUCCUACAUUGCCUCAUUCUGGUGUUUCUGUACCGACAUCAUCUCCUCCAUCAUCAGCUAGUAAAAUUAGGUUCAUUGCUAGUUACACCGUGGAUUUGGCGUUGUCAUUAUGA